CUGGUGCGUGCGUGUUGUUGUGACACGGCUCGUGAGCCUCGCACGCUCGGCGGGCCUCGGAGAGACAUGGGAUUGAUCGUCUAACGCUGCAGCCUGACUGCCGGCACGAUCCGCCAUGGAGACCAUGGUGAAUGGCGACCACAUGCCGGACCCCCACGUCGCAACUGUAGGACGGCCUGCGGAGACCCUGGUGUUGGCAGCACUGGAGCGCACCAAACUGACUGACGGUUCCUGAUCUGAUCUGUAGCCUGUGUGCGGACAGACACAGGUUCGACGACUCGAAAUCCCUCCCAUUUCUGCCUGCUGUUGGUGAAAGGUGACAGCUGUUCUUCCUUAGUAGCCGCACAUUUACAUGUGGCUUCAGAACCGCACCGCCAUCCCCAGCCCAAGCACCCGACGUUGCGUGUUGAGUGACGGCAGCCCUGUACUGCCACGCCACGCCACGCCUUGCCCUGUCCUGCGGCUGAGCCUCAGCUCUGCAGAAGAGCAUCCCUGUGACUCACCUGAUGGAAGAGCAGCAGAGGUCGCCGGACAGCAGCAGCGAGGACUGCACUGUGCUGGAAAACGUUGCUGCAGGGGCUGCCAGACAGGCCCUGUCCUGCCCCAGCCAUGGGGAUAAUGCGAUGGAGCUGUACUGCUCUCCGUGUGACACGGCUGUGUGUAAGGAGUGCACCAAAGGAGAGCACGCAGAGCACGCUGCAGUUCCACUCAGAGAUGCCGUGGAGCAGCACAGGGUCCGUCUACAGGACCAGCUGGAGACCACCAAGAAGAGGUUGCCGGAAAUCAACUCUGCAAUGCGAAGCCUCACUGAGUUCCAGCAGCAGCUCAGCAGCCAGAAAGCCUCCAUUGAGGAAGACAUCCACAGCACCUUCGAGGACCUCCAGAAGACGCUCAACGUGCGCAAGAGUGUUCUGCUCAUGGAGCUGGAGGUCACAUACGGGCUCAAGCAGAAGGUGAGAGAGGGAGAAGGCACAAUUGUACUGUGUCUGAUGUCCUAUGCUUCCAGGGACAGGCUCCAGACCUCCAUGACCCUACGGUGGACAAGAAGUUGUAUUUUUUUCGUUUCUGCAUUAUCAAUAACAUCGAAAGACAAGGUGCUGCAGUCCCAGCUGGACACCCUGCUGCAGGGCCAGGAGGAAAUCCACGACUGCUGCAGUGUGACAGAGCAAGGACUGAGCUGCAGCUCGGAGGCGGAGGUGCUGUUGCUCAAGAAGCAGAUGAGUGAGCGCCUAGCUGAGCUGGCCAGCCACCAGUAUCCACUGCAGCCUCAGGAGAAUGACCAGCUAGACUUCCUGGUGGAGACUGAGGGUCUGAAGAAGUCAGUCCACAACCUGGGCACUAUUGUUACCACCAGCGCCGUAGCCUAUGAGACGGAAGCGAGUGGAGAGGGCCUGCGGCAGUGUGUCGUGGGCCACCCCACCUCUGUGAUCAUCACGACCAAGGACAAAGACGGGGAGCCGUGCAAGACGGGAAGCGCCAGCGUGACAGCAGAGAUCUUUACCCCAGAUGGCAGCGUGGCUGAUGGCGAGAUCCUAGACAACAAAAAUGGAACUUAUGAGUUCCUGUACACGGUGCCCAAGGAGGGCAGCUUCACGCUCUCCCUGCGGCUCUACGACCAACACAUAAAGGGCAGCCCCUUCAAGCUGAAAGUGACUAAGUCCGCGGACGUGUCCCCAUCGACCGAUGGCGCAAAGAAGCGGGUAAAGUCCCCCGGCAGUGGCCACGUCAAACAAAGGCUGGCCAAGCGGCCGGCCAGCAUGUUCAGCACCAGCAAGAGGAAGGAGAAUCCCAUCGAAGACGACAUGAUCUUCAGAGUGGGUACGAAGGGCAGAAACAAAGGGGAGUUUACCAAUCUGCAAGGUGUGGCUGCAUCUUCGGACGGCAAUAUUUUGAUAGCAGACAGUAAUAAUCAGUGUGUCCAGAUUUUCUCCAAUGACGGCCAAUUCAUAAACCGAUUUGGGGUUCGAGGACGGUCACCAGGGCAGCUACAGCGACCCACGGGCGUGGCUGUCCACCCCAACGGAGAUAUCAUCAUUGCCGACUACGACAACAAAUGGGUCAGCAUCUUCUCCAACGACGGCAAGUUCAAGAGCAAAAUCGGUGCAGGGAAGCUGAUGGGGCCCAAGGGUGUAUCGGUGGACAAGAACGGCAACCUCAUUGUAGUGGACAACAAGGCCUGCUCUGUCCUCAUCUUCCAGCUCAGUGGCAAGCUGCUCACCAGGUUUGGAAGUCGUGGAAACGGGGACAAGCAGUUUGCAGGUCCUCACUUUGCUGCAGUGAACAACGAUAAUGAAAUAAUCAUUACAGAUUUUCAUAAUCACUCAGUAAAGGUCUUCAAUUCAGAAGGAGAAUUCCUUCUGAAAUUCGGCUCGAAUGGGGAAGGGAACGGGCAGUUCAAUGCCCCAACAGGAGUUGCCGUUGAUGCCAGCGGCAAUAUCAUCGUGGCAGACUGGGGUAACAGCCGGAUUCAGGUGUUUGACGGCAGCGGCUCUUUCUUGUCCUACAUCAACACAUCUGUGGAACCCCUGUAUGGACCCCAGGGCCUCGCGCUCACUUCUGACGGCCACGUCGUGGUGGCCGAUUCCGGAAACCACUGCUUCAAAGUGUAUCGCUACCUGCAGUGACCACAGUCUCUUUCCCCGCUGCCACCCGUCCUUCGCCUUGAGGGACGUACACGUUUGCACUUGUGCUUAGUCACCAUUGCCAUUGUGACCCUCCAGAGGAGACUCCUAACUGCGGCCUUGCCUCUGUUCCCUGACCUCUGCCCUCGAAGAGUUUCUCCUCACUGCUGUUCACCUUCUCCUCUCUGUUGUCAGUGUUGGUCUUCUCCACUUUGGACAUGAGUCACAUUCAAACAGCGUGCCGAGAACCGGAUGUGAUCUUCUGAGGGGAAUCGGCACCAUCAGCUUGUUGUCCGAACUUGUCUUCUGCGGUUUGAUGGAAAUCCAUUACGUCUGCAGCUGGUCCUAUCUGCCUCCGAAUGCCUGUUUGCCUGGGAGAUUUUUUUUUUUUAAUUACUCUUCUUAGUCAAUAAAAUAAUCCUUGACAUCGAAUUAAAAUCAGCUUAAUUUCAUCGCUCUCUGUGCUUUCUGUUUGUAGCCCAGGCAGGUAACAGCACUGAAGUGUGUAAGUGGAACGUGAAAUCACAGCGCAGCAGUUAGACGCACGGCUGUGACACUAUGUCAGGAACCACGAACUUUAAUGGCAGAAUGGCAGCUUUUAACACUUUGGUUAAAAAAAAACUGUUUAUUUUCAUCACAAAAUUACUACGAAGAAAUGUGAAACGUUUAUAUUUGUGAAACUGUAUUUGUCAACUAAAAACUGACUGAAGAAAACACUUCUCCCUGGAGCGUCGCUAACGGCAGUUUUGUUUUUGCUGCUAACGGUGACGUCGUUUUCCUUUCCCUACUGCUUAAAGAUGCAUAGAAAUAACAAUCGAACGUGCAAAUUUCUCACACCUUGUGAAAACACCCUACUGUAUCAAGGAGCGUUUCAGGGCAUUCGCCAGGGUACUGCAUGACACUGCACUGGCGUGACAAGUACACUCAAUGACGGUCAUGUACACUGUAGGAAAGUUAACACCGCUGUGGAGCGGCUCAGCGCAGGGAACGCUGCUGCCCUUGUCCCAGUGGUUUUGCCAAGGAAAUAAACCAUACGACAAUGUUGAUGGCUCCAGAACAGUUUGCUGUACAGUACAAAUCACCGCACAGCACAAUACAGUAGAUAAAAGCUCUUUUUAAGUUGGUAAUAUCAUUUUGCAUAACAAUGCAGCAUCUGCUCAAAACGUAAGAAAAAAUCACGUACUUGAUACUGACAUUGCUUGACAUAGAUAUGAUUUCUUUUAUAUAUUUCCUGUCACUGGAAAACAAAGUUGUGGUACAUACUUAAAUAUUAUUUAGCAGAACUAAGAUGUGUGAACUGAUCUCGGUUUUAACCAGAGCUAUCAAUCAUUAUAAUGCUUUUCAGUAUUUACUUAUUGGUUUAGUGCUGAGCAAAGUAUUUUCUUGUUCUUGCAGCUGUCAGGAAUACAUCACAUAUAGGGAAAUAAAUUUGUAUAAUGUAAUUCUUAAAAUAUUUGGUUAAUAUAUUAUAUUAUUGGUUGCUAAUUCACAUUUUACACGUGAGAAUAUGGGUUCUGUGCCUCUGUAUGUGGUUGAUUUCACUGGUCGAAUAUAAUGUGAAUUAGCAUUGUUUUUUUUUCUUUUUUGUUUUUAACCUUCAUUAUUACCAAAAUGAACUGUUGUGUCUUUUUUAUUAUUUAUUUAAUUUAUUAUUUAAAUCCUGUAUAUGAUGCCAAAAGAAUUAGUGUGCCCUUGUAAUUAUAUUUUUAUUUGGUUUUUGAAUUUUGUGUUUUUAUUCUUCUUUUGACAACGUUGAAAGCAAUGUAAACUGAUGUGGGAAUGUACUGUACAGGUGCUUAUUUGGAAUUAUUUUUCUGAGCUGCGUUUCAUUUGAAAUAUCUGCAUAAAAUUAAGAGUUAGAAAUAGCCUCGUGAAUCAUAUUUGUAUUUCCUCGCCUAUCAUUUCCCCCCAAACAUCUUCUUUGCUUUCUGUUGCAAUCUUAUGUGAAACUUAAUUUUAUGCAAUCCGCUACUGUUGAUAAAAUAAUACCCAUUCCAGAAAUAAAGUAAUGUGUUUUUUCACAAUGCUUAUUUUAAGCAAGUUAAAAAGAACUAAAUGUUCCAUGUUUUAAUUCUUGAGCUGCGUGGGCACUCUUUUUGA